CACCCCCGUCUUUUUGCUUCAGCACAAUCGCUGUUUCUAAAUCCAAUCCCUCCAAACAUGCCCCUAAAUCUCUCUCCUUGCUCGCUUCAAUUCUCCUCUACACCCAUUUCCACUUUGAAAUCAACCCGACCCACUUCCUCAGGUCCGCAUCUAUGUCUUCCUCGGAAACCCAAUUCCAGUACUGUCCGCUCUCCGACCCGACCCAGGAGGAAAACGGGCUCGACGGCGGAGAAGAGGUCGGAGACGGAGGAGCUGGUUCGUGUGCUUCUGAGGAAUUUUGACGACAAGAGGCCGUUGGUAUCGACGCUGAGUAAGUACGUUAAGGUUGUGAGAGUGGAACACUGUUUUCUCCUGUUUGAAGAGCUUGGGAAGAGUGACAAGUGGCUUCAAUGCCUUGAGGUCUACAGGUGGAUGCAAAAACAAAGGUGGUACAUAGCUGACAAUGGGGUCUACUCAAAGUUAAUAUCUGUGAUGGGAAAGAAAGGCCAAACCCGGAUGGCCAUGUGGCUCUUCUCUGAGAUGCGUAAUAGUGGGUGCCGCCCGGACACGUCAGUUUAUAAUGCUCUCAUCACUGCCCACCUCCACUCGCGAGACAAAUCCAGGGCCUUGGACAAAGCUAUUGGCUACUUUGACAAGAUGAAGGGAAUGGAAAAGUGUAGACCCAACAUUGUAACGUAUAAUAUUCUGCUCAGAGCUUUUGCUCAGGCACGAAACGUCGAUAAAGUUGUUACUUUGUUCAAGGAUCUUGAUGAGAGCAUCGUUAGCCCUGAUAUCUUCACAUUUAAUGGUGUAAUGGAUGCCUAUGGAAAAAAUGGAAUGAUUAGAGAAAUGGAGUCGGUCCUUUCCCGCAUGAAGAGUAAUCAGUGUAAGCCAGAUGUCAUCACUUUUAAUUUGCUAAUUGAUGCAUAUGGGAAGAAACAAGAAUUUGAGAAGAUGGAACAAGUUUUCAAAAGUUUGUUGCGUUCUAAGGAGAAACCAACACUUCCCACCUUCAAUUCUAUGAUCACAAACUACGGGAAAGCACGACUUAGGGAGAAAGCAGAGCUUGUUUUUAAGAGAAUGAAUGAAAUGGGAUACACCCCAAGCUUCAUUACUUAUGAAUGCAUGAUUAUGAUGUAUGGGUACUGUGAUUGUGUUUCAAAGGCUAGGGGCAUAUUUGAUGGGGUAAUGGCAUCUGGGCUGGAGCCGAGGGUUUCUACCCUAAAUGCCAUGCUUGACGUUUACUGCAUGAAUGGUUUACAAAUUGAAGCAGACACGUUGUUUGAGAGCUCACGUAAUACCAGGGUUUCCUCAGAUUCCUCCACUUACAAGCUUCUAUAUAAAGCCUACACUAAAGCCAACAUGAAGGAGCUUCUAAAAAAAUUGCUGGCGCACAUGGACAAAGAUGGUGUAAUCCCUAAUAAGAGGUUCUUCCUUGAUGCUUUGGGAGCCUUUGGGUCUUCUACAGCAACCAAAGUUGGUUGAGUGGGCUAAAAGAUGUUGUAAGGGAACAAGUGCAAGUAGUGGACAUUUUUGCUUGGUGAGUCUUCUCUUUCUUUCAACUAACCUAGGAUUUACUAACAGCAGGGGGUUUUCAUACUGGCCUCUCAAGUCUUGUGUAUUUUGUUUUUGGUAUGUAUGUCUUUCUUCUCCGUGAGCUCCGUCACUGACUGUUUUUGUUUUGGUGCCAACCCUGUGAUUCUUGAUGAAGUUUUGUUUCUAUAUCAUUCAAUUUUUUUUU